AUGCAGAAGAAGAAAAUAAUUAACGAUCUACAAAAGUGCAGCGUAACUGUAACUCACACAGGUGUCAAACCUUUAAAAGCCGAACACCACAGCAUCCUAGCGCAAUCCUACCAAAAAUUACCAUACGUAUCCCAGCUGUUCACAGGACCACAGCUGGGAUUGUGGGCAUUGGUAAAUCCUGUUAACCCAGAUGUUUGCGACAACAUUAACAUGAUUUAUCAUUAUCCGGAAGACAAACCCAAUGUCACCCACAGAUUUGUUAAGUUGCUUAAUAGGCGCAACGUCUUUAAAAAACCUAAAUUUGCUAAUAUUUCGCAAUUUCCGCUGUGCAACUCUUGGUUCGUUUUGGUAGAACAAAACAAAACAGAACUGCCUAAAACUAGAUUGGUUUCCCUCUACCCUGCCGCACCCCUGAUUGACGGACGAAAAGAUGAUACUAUUUUCGUCGAAAAGUUAAAUGCCAAGCAAUUUCGCAGGAGUCAGAAAGAAGAACACUAUUCUCUUAUCCAGGAACCUGGAUCAACUUAUAUUGGACAUGUAUCUACUUCCUCGAGUUCAUCAAAUAAUAUAACUCAAAGCAUUAUAUCUCGUUUGUCUGAACUAUCAAUGUUACUAGAAAAACUAGAAAAAAAUGGUGUCAUACACCGGCUAGAAAAUCAUGUUGGACGCCCGCUACAGUGGAGCAUAUGCCUCCUGCAUUUUAAUGAGCUUCCUUUUCGCCACAUUUUUCAAUAUAUUGACGGUAAAACUGCAGGGCCUACUACUUUUAGUGGGUCAAUCGGGCAACAGCUUACUAACUGUGAAAAACUUCCUGUUGUCGAUUAUGAACCCAUAGACUGUUCGGUUCCUGAUAUAGACAGGAAUUUGUUGAGCAAAGACCAACAGUAUUUGUUGGAUAUUUCAAAUGCAAUAACCUUGGGACAUUGUCCAGAAGACUUGGCAAAUCGGGACCCUGGUCCUUUGUCCCAUUCCAGAUGGCUAACUGCGGCCAACCGAGUUCUUAGGUUGUAUAUAAGUUCAUCAUAUCCAUCCGAAAAUUUAAAAGAAAUAGUUGGUUUCAACUUAAAAUUAUACGUGCCUGUAUGGUUUGCCAUAAAAAAGAACAAAUAUUUUACUGACGGACCAAAACAUGUCUUUCAAGCUAUUCAAACAUCACGGUAUUUUUCCGACGAAUUACUUCAAGUUGUCGAUCCAGUAAUACAACGAAAUGCAUUCUUUGGACACCCAGAGAAUGUUCUGAUAGCAAUGCUCGAUAAAAGAGAACAUAUUCGGAAGCUAGGUUACAGAAGGAUCUUAAAAGCAAGGCAAACCGUCACAAAGAAGAAGACUGUUAGAAAUUUCGUGCUACCGAAAAUAAACUUUCAAGCUUCCGAUUACAUUGAAAUUAUUAAUUGGAAUUCUUGUGUAAUUUAUCCUCCCCCAUUGCUGCGGGACCUAAGUUAG